UAAAUGUUCUUCCAAAACCUUCCUAUGACAACAUUGGUGUUGCUCAAAAUAUACUGCACGGUUUGAAACCAUAGUUUAACAGUAAGACUGCCGUGUGUGUUACUAUACUUUAUCUAGCCAAUGGGGGACUUUCAACAAUUUAACCCGGACUUCUUCAACUAUGACUACGAUGGCUAUGACCCAAACCCAGAGUACGAGGAUGAGGUUCAGGAUUAUUCAGGUCAGGUUUUCCAGCUUCCAACCCCUGCUGGGACAUAUAAACACACAGGUGAAAUAGAUGGAUCCCAUGAAGAAGAGCCUCCGUUGCUGGAGGAAAUCGAGACUCAUCAGACCAGGCAACAUUCUUCCAGUCUUCAACUGUCCAAUUUUGAACUUGGUAUUAAUUUUGAGCACAUAUGGCAGAAGACGUUAACAGUGCUGAACCCUAUGAUGCCAGCAGAUGGCAGUAUCAUGAAUGAGACAGACCUGACAGGCCCUAUACUGUUCUGCAUCGCUCUGGGUGCCUCUCUGCUCAUGGGAGGUAAAUCCCACUUUGGAUAUAUCUAUGGGAUCAACGCCAUCGGCUGCAUCGCAAUGUAUACCCUGUUGAACCUUAUGAGUUCCCUGACUGUUUCCUAUGGCUGUGUAGCCAGCGUGCUGGGUUACUGCCUCCUGCCCAUGGUGGUAUUAUCUGCUUUUGCAGUGAUCUUUUCCCUACAGGGGGUCAUUGGAACUACUCUGGCCAUGUUGGUGAUUGUUUGGUGCAGUUUCUCAGCUUCCAAGAUAUUCAUCUCCACCCUGGCUAUGGAUGGUCAGCAGCUGUUGGUAGCAUAUCCCUGUGCCCUGCUUUAUGGAGUAUUUGCCUUGCUAACAGUGUUCUAAAGCCCACUACUACCACUGUAGUCCUGAGAGUCCUGAGAAAAGUAUAUAGUUUUAUACUGUAUAUAAUGUUUGUUGUAUUCCCUAAAUAUUUGUAAUUUGUAUUUGUCUCAGUUUUGUCAUGAGGUUAACUUUACACUGUCAAAUUAAGGUCUGUUGACAUUUGACAUUUGUGCAUUGGAGUGUGUCAUUACAAAUGUAUAAAUAAAUGGCAGCAUAAAGA